CAAUGUACAAUGUAGAAAGAAAGAGAGAAAGAAACGUGGUUCGGCAGAUAACACCACUUGCUUUUUUUGCAAUAACCCCCUCCUACUUUUCUUUUUCUUUUUUUCUCGUAGCAGGUGGCACCUGGGGGAGGGCGUUUAUCGGGGAGCGGCUCGACGACGAUAAGAGCGCCUCGGCUGCGCUCCGCCUUCCCUUCACCGUUUUUUUGUGUCGCUCUCCUGCUUCGUUGACGUCUUCAACGCGAGUCCGCGCUCACGAGAGCAAUGGUGGACUUGAGGCUCACGAGGGGCUUCAUUUUUUUCGAAUUGGAACCCUAGACAGUUUAGUUUCCGGCCCGGAAGGCGACGUUUUGCUGGGGUGGGGGGUUCUUUGCAUUCUCUUGGUGUCAUAGGAACCGGCGGUGGAAUAUAUGGAAUGGAUCUGUGAGUUUCUUCUGUGGGAUGCGUUCAUCGAUUGCGGAGGAAUUAGAAACCCACCCAUCAGAUAGCAGCGCGAGGAGGUGGAGAUGAUUGCGCAAUUCGCAGUAUAGGAAAGAAAGGGAAAAAAAAACUUGUAGAAGGCGGCAUGGGAGAAGAUCUCCUCACCACCUUAUCCAUUGAGAAUCAUCACCCCUCCACCCACCUCUCCAUGGACCCGUCUGGUUGCCCAGUGUCCUCGUUGUCGUCCCAUGAGGACCCUGAUCGCGAGCUCUUGAUCCAACGCCAUCAGAUUGUGCUUUCUGGUGCUCCUGACAUUAAUCUUCCUCUGUCGACUGAGCGCUCGCCUUCCGACCAAUCUUGGAAUUCAGACUCCUGUGAUAUCUUCGACGUCGGCCUUGGGUCGCAAAUUUAUGAUGCAGAGACAACCGUCCAUGUCCCUAAGAUCUCCUCUGCCCGUAAGUGCACCAAGCGAGGGGACGGCAUUUGGGGUGCAUGGUUUUUCUUUAACUUAUAUUUCAAGCCUGUGCUUUCGGAGAAAUUCAAGGGGAAAAUCACAUGGGAUGGCAAGGGGGUGAAUGGGUUUGAUAAGUCCGAUGUCCGCCAUGAUAAAUUCCUAGUCCAGCAUGAUAUGGAGAACAUGUACAUGUGGGCUUUCAAAGAGAGGCCAGAGAAUGCACUUGGAAAGAUGCAACUGCGGAGCUAUAUGAAUGGGCAUUCCCGUCUUGGUGAACCUCAGUUCCCAUUUAGUGUUGAUAGGGGGUUUGUUCGAUCCCACAGGAUGCAGCGCAAGCAGUAUCGGGGGCUGUCAAACCCUCAAUGUGUGCAUGGAAUUGAGGUUGUUCGCUUGCCCAAUUUGAUGGUUGUUGGUGAAUUGGACCGGAAGAAGUGGAUGGAACUUACUGGCAGAGAUUUUAAUUUCUCAAUCCCAGAUGAAGCUAGUGACUUUGAGGCAUGGAGGAACCAGCAGACCACUGAAUCUGAGCUUGAGAAACCUCUUUCUCAACCAAAGAUCUCUCCACAUCCCCAUCCCCAUCCUAAGAAGCUGCUAAAUGGCUCAAGUUUGAAUUUGUCUUCCCAAAUUCAUCAUUGUAAUAGUAAUGUGGUAGACCUUUCACCUAUCUGCAACAAGCGCAGGAAGAAUUUGUUUCCUCAUAGAAUGGAGGAAGAUCUUUGCUUUCCUACUAACUCACAUGCUGAGGGAAGUCAGGAUGUGGAGAUGCACCAGGUUGAGCCCUCAUGGUUGAAGGAAUUUACAGGAGUAAUGAGGCAUGCACAUGGCCCUGUGACUGCUGCAAAGACGAUAUAUGAAGAUGAUGAGGGAUACUUGAUAAUGGUGAGCUUGUCCUUUGCUGAUCAACAGAGUGUGAAGCUGUCAUGGAGGAACAAUCUGAUGAAUGGGAUACUGAAGAUAUUUUGUGUCAGUACAGCCCGGAUGCCAUAUGUAAAGAGACACGAUAGGACUUUUAAACUGACUGAUACGUUCCCUGAGCAUUGCCCGCCAGGUGAGUUUGUAAGGGAAAUAACAUUGCCAACACGUAUUCCUGAAGAUGCAAAGCUGGAAGCAUACUAUGAUGAGGCUGGCUCUUUGCUUGAGAUUAUAGUUCCUAAGCACCGAGUUGGACCAGAGGAACAUGAAGUUCGUGUGAGCAUGCGCCCCCCUCACCUGGGAAGCUAAUGAUCUAAUGUCUAAUGUUGAAUAAGUAGCAGCACAAGGUGUGUGAUUAUGACAGAUUUUCUCUGUUUGAUAAUUCUCUUUAACAGGAAAUUUGUCAAAUUAUACAAUGUUAACUUUCUAUUUUGUUUCUGUUUUUUAGCCCCUUAUUGUUGCUUCUUUAGUAGAGAUGUCGAAUUGAUCUUCCUAAGAUCCUUAUUGAUAGAAGAUUUACUUUGGAUAUUUUGGUA